CAGCCCUACUGAGCCCUGGGGAGAGAUGGGUGCAGGAUCCAGGCUGCCCUAGCCCUGUCUUGCUAGGGCCAGGGCAAGUGAGUGUGCUGACUGGUGGACUUCCUGCUCCUGGAGUAGCUGAGGACUACCCUACAAGUUUGCAGGAUGGAGCAGGCCAAUGUGGAGCAGCAGGCCUCCGUGUGCAACCUGGUGGCUGUGUUCUCAAACAGCAGCAGGACCCUGAGAGCAGGUUCCAGAGCCCAUGAGCUGGAGGAUGGGCAAGCUAUUCCUGAGCACCAGCAACCCCUGACCCCAGAGUCCUGGGAAGCACCCCAUGUUGGGGAGACCGUGGGGUCUGGGCCCCGGACAGUCAGCAGGACAUAUCUGACCUCUCUGAAGAAUAAAUUGUCCAGUGGGGCCUGGAGGAAAUCCUGGCAGCCUGGGGCCAGCCAGGGGCCAGAGAUGCAGGAACCAGAAGAGAAGCGGGUUGUGCGGGAGCUGCUGGAGACAGAGCAGGCCUAUGUGGCUCGCCUGUACUUGCUGGACCAGGUGUUUUUCCAGGAGCUGCUAAGGGAGGCUGGCCGCAGCAAGGCCUUCCCCGAGGAUGUGGUCAGACUCAUCUUCUCCAACAUCUCUUCCAUCUACUGCUUCCAUGCACAGUUCUUCCUCCCAGAGCUGCAGCGGCGCCUGGAUGACUGGACAACCACACCUCGAAUCGGGGACGUGAUCCAGAAACUGGCCCCGUUCCUGAAAAUGUACAGUGAAUAUGUGAAGAACUUUGAGCGGGCGGCCGAGCUGCUGGCCACCUGGAUGGACAAGUCUCAGCCCUUCCAGGAGGUGGUCAGCCGCAUCCAGCGCAGCAAGGCCUCGGGCAGCCUGACCCUGCAACACCACAUGUUGGAACCAGUGCAGAGAAUUCCACGCUAUGAGCUGCUGCUUAAGGAAUACGUGCAAAAGCUGCCAGCCCAGUCCCAAGACCUCGAGGAUGCCCAGAGAGCCCUGGACAUGAUCUUUUCAGCAGCCCAGCACUCCAACGCAGCCAUUGCUGAGAUGGAGCGGCUGCAGGGCCUGUGGGAGGUAUACCAGCGCCUGGGCCUGGAGGAUGACAUUGUGGAUCCCUCUAACACCCUUCUCCGAGAGGGCCCUGUUCUCAAGAUCUCUUUCCGACGCAGCGACCCCAUGGAACGCUACCUUUUCUUGUUCAACAAUAUGCUGCUGUACUGUGUCCCCCGUGUCCUUCAAGUGGGUGCCCAAUUCCAGGUGCGGACACGCAUCGAUGUGGCUGGCAUGAAGGUGCGGGAGCUGACAGAUGCUGAGUUCCCGCACUCAUUCCUGGUGUCCGGGAAGCAGCGUACACUGGAGCUACAGGCCCGGUCCCAGGAGGAAAUGGUUUCCUGGAUGCAGGCCUGUCAGGCAGCCAUUGACCAAGCAGAGAAACGAAAUGAAACCUUCAAGGCUGCUGUCCAGGGGCCCGAGGGGGACACUCAGGAGCCCGAGCUUCAGUUUGAGGAGCUGGGCCUCCGGGCGCCACAGUGGGUCCGAGACAAGAUGGUGACCAUGUGUAUGCGCUGCCAGGAGCCCUUCAAUGCCCUGACAAGGCGGCGCCACCACUGCCGGGCCUGUGGCUAUGUGGUGUGCGCAAAGUGCUCUGACUACCGAGCUGAGCUGAAAUAUGACCACAACAGGCCCAACCGCGUCUGCCUGGCCUGCUACACACUCCUUACUGGAAACGUGCUCCCUGAUAGCAAGGAGGACAAGAGACGGGGCAUCUUGGAGAAAGGGGCCUCUGUGGGGCCUGACCAGAGUCUGAUAUGCAGCUUCCUACAGCUCAUCGGGGACAAGUGGGGUAGGUGUGGCCCCCGGGGCUGGUGUGUGAUCCCCCAGGACGACCCUCUUGUGCUGUAUGUCUACGCCGCCCCCCAGGACAUACGGGCUCACACCUCCAUCCCCCUGCUGGGCUACCAGGUGACCUCAGGGCCCCAGGGAGACCCUCGAAUAUUCCAGCUGCAGCAGUCAGGCCAAUUGUACACUUUCAAAGCCGAGUCUGAGGAGCUGCAGGGCCGCUGGGUGAGGGCUAUCAAGCGUGCGGCCAGUGGCUGGACCCCCGAGGGACCUGGUGAAGGGGACAUGUCUGACUGAGUCACAGCUGGCUCCUCCCUGAGCACCUCGCCUAUGAUAGCCAGCUUACUGCCAGAACCAGUCCCGAUGCUCUGUCACCCCACCCCAAGCUGGCCUGAUCCCUGAUCCAUUCUGUCAUCUGUACCCAGAUGGUGUGUCCUGACUCCAAAUUCAGCAGAUAUGGAUUGCUUCCUUUAAGAAGCAGCUAAAUGACCCAGCUGGCCAGGGGUGAGGGGAUCCCUGAGUCAUAAGACAUUCACUGUUAAAACUGGGAAGUCACUGGGUGUGGUGGUGCACGCCUUUAGUCCCAGCACUCAGAAGGCAGAGGCAGGCAGAUCUCUGU